GUCAUGAAAUAUUUAAUUCUUUAAUUUUAUUAUUUAUUGUCUAUGGAACAUAUGGUUUACAGUGGGGAAUUGAGAACCAUCUGUCGUUUGAUUUUUAAACUUCGACAACAGAACGAGAUGUGAUUGAGGAAAAAAUGUUUUAUUACAAAAUUGUUUAAUUACUAAAUAAAAGAUUUAAUUUGAUGUUAAUGUUAAUAAUUAACUGAUAUUAUUAAGAAAUUGACAUUCAAUAAAUUUAAAUUUGGCGCACAAUAUUCCUCAACUCGUCCUACAUGAGAAUUACGCUAAGAGAAGGGCGUUCGUUCAAAGCUUGGUGAAGCCAGUCAGUCGAUCGACAUGUCCGCUCACAUUCAACAACCCUACGAAGCCAGCCCCAUGGCAAAUUACAGCCACGUGUUCGUGCCGCAACCCGCGUGGUUGUUCGUGGUGGUCAGCACCCCGGUGAUGUUGCCGCAGCCGGCGCGGGUUCACAGCCCCAGACGCCACCGCCAUCGUCAUCGCGGCCGAAGACACCGCAACCAGCAGCCGGAGGCCGUUCCGCCCAAUCCGCCCAAUCCACUCAACCCGGUUCAACAUGCGCCGAACCAGAGGGUGGUGGCGCAGGAGCCCGGAUACGGGACUCCCGUGGUUUACUACCCGGCGCCGAUAUUUAACCCGUGCGGCGCCAUUUUCGUCAACAACAUGCCGCCAUACAAUCCGGGCGAACCCAACAGGUUCGAGAUAGAACCGGAACCAGAGGCGCCCGAGCCGUUCGGCGAACUCCCCACCAACGACGGCGCACCUCCUGGAGAAUUGCUGCCCCCACCCAGGGAAUUUAGUUAAGCAGCGAUUUCUCAAGGACACACCUCUACACACCCGGAAGCAUCGGUCCCUUGCCUCACUAUGACAUGUAGUUUUAGAAAUAAAUUUAAGUUUUUUUAGAGAAUAGAUUUUAAGUUACUUAAAUUAAGUUGUGUUCGUAGAUGUCAUAGUUAUAGGUCCAUAUCAAUUAGUUACAUUUUAAUGUUUAGUUAUAUUUAAUUUAAUUUAGUUAAGAACUUACGAAAUAAAAUAGUAUUUUAUAUUAAUUGGUUUUCUUAAUAAUUAUAUUUUUCUCACAUCUCUUCAUACACAUCAUAGGGGGCAAUGAGUCUAGUUAAUUUAUUUGUUGAGUUGGUAGUUUGGGGUGGUACUUCUAACAUCAAAUGCAAUCCAGUUGGCAGGAAUCAACAAGUCAGUUAGUUCAUAGAUUGUUGGGAAAAUGGCACCCUGUUGCCUCUACAGGGUAAACUUAUUUG